GCUUCGAAUAUAUCACAACGUGUGCAAGUGAAGGAGAUGAAAAUAUCAGGGUACAAGAGCCAUGAUGCUCAUUUUAUAAUGCAUUACCUUCUCCAAGUUGCUGUUAGAAAAGCUUUGCCCAAGAAUGUUUCGCUGACCUUGAUUAGUGAAUGAAAUUAAGUUUGGGGGUCCGGCCCAUCUUCGUUGGAUGUAUUCCAUUGAGAGGCACCUAUGUAAGUUGAAGGGGUUCGUUCGCAAUCGAUCUUGUCCAGAAGCAUCAAUAGCAGAGGGGUUCUGGCUGAAGAGUGCUUGACUUUUUGUUCGAGAUACCUACACGAUGGCGUGAAGACAAGAUUUAGUAGGUACCAAACUGAGGAUGACGACUGCCUUCAAAAUUUGUCACCUAUAUUCCCUAACAUAGGUCAUCCAAUUGGAAGAGAGAAGAAAAAGAGAAACACUUUUCUUAUGGAUUCACAAUCCAAAGAUGAAGCACAUCGGUAUGCUCUGUUCAAUACUGGAGAUGAACAAGUGGAGAAGUUAAUUGAGUAAGAUAAAUUAUAUAACAAAUAUUUACAUUUAAACUUCAUUAUUUGCAUUUUAACUUCAUUUAUAAAGGCCUAGUAAUUUAAUUUUUAAUUUUCAUGAUUGCAGGGAACAUAAGAAUUUGAUAGGUAAUCAUACUAGAUAAAAUGCCUGGGUAAGAGCAAGGAAUCAUAGUGGGGAAUUCAGUAACUUGUUUGAAAAGAAAGUUGAAAAUGUUGAAGUGCCAGAUUAUUUACGAGGGCUAGCUCAAGGGCCUAAUUCGGUGGCCAAAAGAUAUACUGCAUAUUUUAUUAAUGGAUACCGAUUUCAUACGAAAACCCGAGAUGCACCCCGCAAGACUCAAAAUAGCGGAGUGACUUUAUCAGCAACAACUGAUAGUUUUGCUAGUGCUAGGGACCAAAAUCCCAUUGAUGGAGAGAGUUCUGAAUAGUCAUGGAUGAAGAAGACCGGGCUUUAAGAAAAAACAAAAAAGCAAAAGGCUCAAUGUUCCUUCCAGCUGGAUCACUUGCCUCGUUGGCAAACCAAAUGUCGUUGAGGGGAACAAAAAGAAAUGUUCAAGCUGUGCUCAAAUAGGAAAAAACAGUUACCAAGGUUAAGAUCCCAAGUGCAAACUCAAGUGCAGCAAGUGCCAAUUCAUUCUACCUCUCUUGUAGAACAAGUACAACAAGUACCAAGGCAUUCAACCACUUCUGCAGCACAAACAGUACUAGAACAAGUGCAGCAAGAGUCACUGCAUCCUACCCCUUCUACAACACAAGCAGUACAGGAGCAAGUGCAACAAACGUCACAAGAUUCUACACCCCAAGAAGCAAAUGAAGAAUCUGAGGAACAGGGUCCUUCCACGAAAAAAAAAAGAGGUAGAACACAAAUGCAAAAUGUACAUGGACGGAGUGAGCGUAAAUUGAUCGUGCUAAAUAAGCACAACCAACCUGUUGGUCCUACUCAAGCGAUCGUAGCAGAGUUAGGUAGCUUCCUUGGCACAUUGGCAAGGAAUUCGACCUUUUGUCCUGUUAACGUAUCAAAUUGGAGGAAACUGAAAACACAUAAAGAUAUGUGGAAAUAUACCAAGGAAAAAUAUAACAUUCCUGAUACUGCACAAGCAUGGGCUUUAAAAGCAAUUCAAUCUGCUUGGAGAAAGUAUAAGAAUUGGUUGAAGAAAAAACACUAUGUACCCUAUGCCAAUGACGAACUUCGAAUGGAAAACAGGCCCGGAUAUGUUCCACAAUCUCAUUUUAAGGAUCUCCUUGUAUACUGGAACUCCGAAAAAUCUCAGAAAAUGUCCAACACUAACACAGAGAAUCGCAAAAAGUUGAGGUAUCCGCAUACUGUUGGCAAAAAAAGCUUUGCUGUAAUUCGCGAGGCUGAAAUGGAAAGAAUAGAAACUCAAGAAAGCGAAGAUGGAAGUCAAUCAGUUGAUGCAUUUGCCGCAGUUAUGGGACCUGAUCAUCCGGGCCACGUAAGAUUGUAUGGGCGUGGGGUUACCAAAACUGUCUUGAAAGGGAAAGCGGGAGAUUCUGGACCCUCUUUAAAUGGUACUGAUGAACUGAUGAAGCAAAAAAUGGAGGAGAUGGAAGUGAGGAUGCAAAAAAAUGCAGGAAAAAUUCGACGCACAAACGGAGGUGAUGGAACAAGGUAUUACAAUGAACGUCAUUGCACAACUUCAGCUUCUAAACCCAGACUUAGUACUUUAUCCUAGCAUGCUAAGAUUCAAUUUUCGUUCGCGGGGAGAAGCUGCUAGUAGUAACAACCAAGGUGUUGAAAAUGAAGAAAUGGAAGGUGAUGAUCGGAGUGAAGACUUUUGAGUUGUUGCUGAAACUUUAGAUCUUUUGGGAAUGAUCUUUUGCUAGAUGUUUUAGGAAUGAUCUUUUGCUAGAUGUUUUAGGAAUGAUCUUUUGCUAUCAAACAAUUUAAAACUUACGCAAACUCUCUUGAAAUGCAUGUAAACUUAAUUAUGCAUAUUUGGGAAUUGCCAUUUUGCUUUUAUGGAUAUUACUAGCUUGCAGCCCAUUUGGAUUAUGAAAA